AUGGAGUCAAUAUUCAAGAGUUGUGAAAAUAAGACCGAGAAAAGUUUUGAGCAACCAAUUAGGGUUAGUUCAAGACUUCAAAAUCAACAUAAACUUUCUUAUAACCUCUACCACAAAAGAGGUAUCAAAUUUGAAGACAAUUUUAUUCAAAAAAGACCAAAGCUCAACCAUUUGAAGAAACAACAAACAUUGGAUGAUAAAAUUCAUGAAAGUGACCCUUGGUUAGAAUCUAUAGAUUCAAGUUCUUCAAAAAGUACAGGUUUAUUUGUGUUUGACGAACUUGACAUGAGGGGCAUUUUGUCUCUGAGACAAACAUUUAGACUUUUCAAUCUUCAUAAUCUUGCUAAGGAAGAGACUAAUAACAAAAAGGCCAAUGCCUGGCUUGUAAGGGAUAGCAAGAAAGAAUUUAUUCAAUUAAUUUUUAUUGUAUUGCAGAUUGUUGAAAAUGGCAUUGAUAAUGAACUUGUUAUGGGACUCACAACAUCAAAAUAUCUGAUCAAUAAGCUUCAGACACUUGCUAAAGUGGGAAUAGAUAAGGUCCAUUUUAUGAAAGGUCAAGUCGCUAGAGCUAUUUCUUCUUCGCCAAGUUUGGUAUGCAACGACAUUAGUGAUGGACAAGAAGCUAUUAGCAUAAUUGCAACCAAUGAAUUUGAUGAUCCUCCCACUGCUCCUAUUGGUUUUACCUAUAUUAUGUCAAAUAAAGUUUCAAAACAUGUCAAGAUUCCAUCAAGGACUCAUGGAUGUCAUUGCCAAGGAAGUUGUAGAAAUAUUAAAAUAUGUUCAUGCACUAAUUUUUUUAAUGGCUUUAACUUUCCUUACACAAACGAUAAUAGAUUAAUAGAGCCUCGAGACAUCGUAGUGGAAUGUGGGCCGCAGUGUGGAUGCGGGCCUAACUGUGGAAAUAAAAUUUCCCAAAAGGGUUUGAAUUAUAGACUUGAGGUUUAUCGUACAGUCAAAAAAGGAUGGGCUGUUAGAACAUGGGACUUUAUACCUUCUGGUGCACCAGUAAUAGAAUAUAUUGGUGUACUAAGUAGAGACGAUAAAUUAGAUAAUUCAAUUAUCAAUGACUACAUAUUUGAUAUUGAUUGCUUGCACACAAUCAAUGGAUUGGAUGGAAGAAAUAAAAGGAUGGGCGAUGUAAUACUGCCUAAAAGCAAAUCAUAUCAAAAUAAAGUCAGCGAAAUAGAAAAAGAUCCCGAAUUUUGUAUUGAUGCAGGUUCUUUCGGAAAUGUUUCAAGGUUUAUCAACCACAGUUGUGAGCCAAACCUUUUUGUACAAUGUGUUCUCAACAAUCACCUUGAUGUUAGACUAGCUCGUCUGAUGUUGUUUGCGGCACAUGACAUACCUCCCUACCAGGAACUGACUUAUGACUAUGGAUAUAGACUUGAUAGUGUGGUUGAUUCAAAUGGAAAAAUCAAACAGCUUCAAUGUCAUUGUGGUGCAAAGAAAUGUCGUAAGCGUUUGUACUAG